AUGGGCCGGUAUAGCUGCCCUUUCUUAUUUGGACAAAAUGACCGCGCCGAACGGUACAUAAGCAUAUCAGAUUUGUGUUGUCACCUGGACAAAUACAUGGCUGAGACGUCCAAAAGGAACCAAGUCUCGGCCCAGGAACAGUGGAUUCAGCAGGACAAGAAAAGAGACGCGUUGAUUGAACGGUCUUUACGCAAUACUAUUGCUGCGUUUGCCGUAAGAUGGUUGCCAAUCACCUCUUCCGAUGACGUGGUUGGCCUCGCUCUCGAUAAUCCGCACCAAAUCCAGACCAUGUGGCGGCAGGCUCGACGAGACAUGCUGAGAAUUAUCAAUCGCCCCUCGUAUCGAUCGAUGCUGUCCCUCUUUCUCUUUGCCUUGACUCCCAUUCCAAUGGGAAUAUCGGAAGACGAGGAGACGGAUGGAGUCUCUGGACAAGUUUGCAUCCACGCGGCCUUGCAACAGGUCCAGUCUCUUCGAGCUUGGCAGAGGAAUCUGCAGUUCAGCGGCUCAAAAGUGUCUCCGUCGUUGAGCUCGACUCCGAUAUGUGCCACUCCAGAGUCCGCCGACACUUCUAGCUUUAUCAAUGCGGAAAACAUUGCAUACUGGGCAGCAAUCACAUUCGACACAUCCGCAUCUCUCACGCUCAAUUGCAGGCCACUCCUCUCGUCGGGGCUCUUUGGCUAUGAGUCUGAAUUCACAUGGAAACUGGUGCGAACCUGCUUGAAUGUGUUUAAUGAAUCCUCAAAGAGCUGGUGCCUGGGCAGCGCUGGGAUGACAGAUGAAAGGGCCAACGAGAUUAUCGCGGCCGCCGCUUGCUGGAAGCUGUUGGUUUGGAAACUAGCCGCCAAUUUCAAGGAGGCGCUUCGGGAUGGCCACGACGAGUCCGAGGUUCGAAAGGCUCUUUCGCAGGUUAGCAAUUCCAUCAAGCAAUUCGAUGCUACAUUUCGUCCUUUUCUUGAUGAAUGCUACAAGCGUAUGCAGUUCCUUGGCCAGCAAACAAAGCUUCGAUGGUUCUCGCUCAUGCUUCAUUCUCACUUGAGCAUAUUGAUGGUGCUCGAUAUGAUAGAAGUCGUAGAUCGGUACGACUUGCUCGCUGAUCUCAAAGAUGCCAGCAUUGAAGCAGAGAACACUGUCAUGAAUGCACUGGCAUUUGGUCUUCACAAUACUAUUACCUUGAGACGAGUCAUCGAUUCCCCAUCGCCUGGCCUACCUCGGGAGAGCGUAACGACACGCAGUAUGACGUUUACCGUUCCCCUUAUCGCCAUUGACCCUUAUCCGCAUCAUGUGGUUGCGUCUGUGCAGCUCAUGCGGAAAGCCAUCGAUCGGGAUUAUAGGAUUAAAAAAAUUACCCAGGAGUUAUUUGAUGGCUUAAACUCAACUUUGGAAUCUGCGUUGAAACAUCUGCCCCAGAGCUCAAAGUCAGUCCAAGCAGCUCGGCAAAAGCUUUCCUCGGCAGUGCCAGAUGAUUAG